CAGUGCCUGUGAGUGGGAGCAGCUCCUGGUCCUCAGCUCCCCCCCACGUGCUGGGACCAGACAUGGCCACGGAGACACAGUGGAGCUGCCCCAUCUGCCACAACACUCGGAAUGAUGUGGCUUCCAUUCUGCCCUGCCGCCACCAGUUCUGCCUGGGCUGCAUCCUGCGGUGGGCAAAGACAACCCCAGCGUGCCCACUCUGCAGCAGGCCAGUGGAGACUGUCAGGUUCUCUGAGCGGGGUGAGCAGGAUUACAUCCAGUUUGAAAUCACAGCCCCCAAGGAGCAAACGGAGACCAACCACCAGGCAAGGAGAGCUCGCUUCUGCCUGGCUGAGAACAGCCCCCAGCGCCCUGUGGUGCCCAGUCUACCUUCUCCACAGGGAACACUGUCCCCAGCUGGACAGGAGGAUGCAGGGACAGAGCCCGUGGGUGGCAUCCUGCCUGAGGUGUGGGCAGCACUUUUCCGUUGCCGACAGCACCUCCUGGACCCUGCACGGUCCUGGCUGCGCCAGAGGCUGGCUGCACUCUACGGGGAGCAGUGGUGGAGGGUAGAGGCUGCAGAGGGAUCCAUCCUGCACGGCCUCUGCACCUGCGGGCUGCAUGCUGAGGUCCUGGUGGAGGUGCUGGAGCCCCUUCUCAGCAGGCACACAGCACCACUGAUCCAUGACAUCAUCAGUGUCAUCGUGAGCCAGUGCAGCCAGGAGGCACAGAGGCUGCAGGGCUUCCAUCACACCAGAAACGAGGACAACAGGCCUGCGGCCAGUGCCGGCUCCAGCAGCUCCCAGGACAGAACUCCCACCAGCAGCCCUGCAGGCUCCAAGGUGGAGGAGGGAGCUGGUACAUCACGCACUGGCCUCCAAGGGAGUCCCAGCUGCCCCAGAGCUGUGCCUGAUCCUGCAGAGCAGGACCAGCGCCAGGAGGGGCUGGAGCAGCCAGAGGGGGCAGGUCCCUGUGCCCAGGGCAGCAGCCACAGCCCUUCUGCUCCUUGACAGGGCAGGGACUACUCACCCAGGGGAUCCCAGCAACCCUCAAAGAGGAGGGUCCCUAGCCCUCAGGAUUCUCCUUAGCCGAGCAAGAGGUGGCCUCGCAGGUGGCAGCAGCAGGGCUCCAGAAACUCUUUAGCCAAGCAGAAGCAAAUAAAUUACUAUUUCCCUGACAAA